GGAAGUAAAAUGGAGCUGUGAGCUGUUAUAUACGAGGGGUGUUGGCAGUUCUAAUGGGUAUUGAUGCAAAAGGAAACAGCAGGGACGGAUCUUCUCAACCAUGAUGCUUGCACAAUCUGUCCUUGUGCUUCUCCUUACCGGUGUCUUGUCAAUCUUGGGUCUCAAUGAGGUUCAAAAUGUAUCAUUUCCUUCUGACGACGGUUUUCCUGAAACAUCAGGUGACUUAAACACAACUGAGUUUGAUUACCUUAAUAGAAGCAUGACCACCCCUUCACCAGAAACUGAGGAUGCAUAUAAAUGCAGUUAUGAGUCUAUUUUGAAAAUUUUGGAUCUCAAGAAAAACAGUGACAAGUAUGUUAUAAGCCGACCUGUCAAAGACUAUCGGAGUAAGACGUGGGUUUAUGUUCAAAUGAGGAUUUACGCCAUUCUGGAUAUGAGAGAGGCUCACCAGAUGUUCUUUUCUUACAUUUGGGUCUAUUUGAAAUGGAACAAUGAGCACAUUCGGUGGGAUCCUAAACAGUUUUGUGGACAGGAGUAUAUUUUAAUUCCAACAAAAUAUUUAUGGAUUCCUGAUCUGACAAUUGAAGAGAUGACAGAGCAGGAUAAAGCCACACCAAGUACUCAUCUCAAAAUCAAAAAUUCUGGCUGGAUUGAAUUCAGGAACGACGAAGUGGUGGAGAGUACCUGCAAGAUGGAAGUUUACAGAUUUCCAUUUGACAUUCAGAGCUGCAACAUCUCAUUCAAAUCUAUCAUGCAUUCUGAUUCUGAACUAUCAUUGCUCGAAUAUACCGAAGACUCAGAGCUUACAGAGGAGUCUCGUCAAACAAUCCAGACGCAAUUUGAAUGGAUUUUUAUCAGCAUGUCAGAACGCAAAAAAACAAUCAAUCAUUUUGGUUUCAACCAAACGGUGGUUGUUUACACUAUCAGCAUGAAGAGAAGGUCAGUCCUUUAUAUCGCAAACUUCCUGCUGCCCGUUCUAUUCUUCUUGUGUCUGGACUUUGCCUCCUUCCUCAUGUCAGACACUGGGGGUGAGAAGGUUGGCUUCAAGGUCACAGUCCUACUUGCUGUGACUGUGAUGCAGCUUAUUCUCAAUGACAUUUUGCCCCCUUCUUCAGACAAAAUUCCUCUUAUAGCGAUCUACUGCAUUGGGAUCUUUACUUUGAUGCUACUAAGCCUCCUGGAAACCAUUUUAGUGAUGUAUUUGAUAGACAAAGACCAGACUUCUACUGACAAGAAAGAAGAAAACCAGAAACUGAUUGAGAAUCCAGAAGAUAAACACAGUCCACUCCCAUGCUGUUGUACUGGAAUUAAGAAAAGGAUUUGCUGUGCAUCUGCUGCCAAAGAAGAUGAGUCUUUUCCUAAAGAGGGUUGCAGCAGUCCCCACACUGAGGUGUCUCUUGUCAUGGAAAAAGUCUAUGAGGAGCUUAGUGAAAUGAAGAAAUCCAUUACUCUGCUGAGCAGCAGCAGGACAGAAGAUGAGAAGCCUGGCUACUGGACCAGAGUGGCUGAAAAAAUAGACAAAGUCUUCAUUAUUUUUUAUAUACUAUCUGUUCUUCUGUUUUUGAGUGUCCUUUUUACUUUGUGGAAUAUUGAUGGUACUUAAUAAUGAAAGAAGAGAAGGAAACACAAGAGUCACACUUAAAUAGGGAAAUAUUGCAUGUGUACCAAUACAGAACUAGAUGAAUUGCAUUACCUGCGAUAAGGCAAGUGUGAAUGCUUUAAGCUGAAUGUGGUCACUGAAGAUGCUAAAAAUGCUGGAUUUGAAGUUUCCUUCAGCAAAAAAAUUAAGUACGUUUGAAAGAAAGGAUUAAAAAAUAUUCUCAAACCACUAAUUACUUGAUGAUUUACCAAUGGUCUAAAGCCAAUGUCAAAGAAUAAUGCCAAAGUACAUGAGAAGUGAAGCUAAAUGGGCCUAAUAGAUACUCAGGUCUUAAGACAUGCAAAUAUGAUGCAAAUAUUUCACACUUACCUUUAGGGAGCUAUGUACUACCAAUGAGUUUGAUUUUUGAUGUACAGAAGCAAAGUCAAGUUAGUUUCACAACUAACUCCAACAUGGAGGCUAUACUAAAUCCACUUAGUACCAUAUAAGUGACUAAUAAAAAAAUUCAUAAGUAAAUUCAGGGAAUCCCAGUCAAGUCUUGAAAUUUAUUUUGACUCGUAUUUGUAUUUUUCCCCCACACAUUGUCAUUAAAGUAUUUGCAAACAUGGUGUGACACAAUAAUAGUGGAGUUGAUUCAUCUGAAUUCUUACAAAUGAAACAGUUGUAUGCUAGAUCUGAUAGUGCAUAGAGAUUAAACAUAUAACAAAUGAUAACUGUUGACAAAUUUCUGUUUACAUUUUAAAUCUCUCAGGUUGAGUCUUGAGUCAUAUCUAUUUCAAGAAUGCAAGACUUAAGUCUCCAUAGCUGAGGUUUGUCUGAAUGAAACACAUUCUAGUUUAGAUAUUCUUCAGCUGUAUGGAUCUAAAAAGCCUGCUUACUUGGCAGAGCUCUGAAAUUUACAGAAAUCAUUCAGAUUGUUGAGCUUUGGGUCAGCAUCAAAAGGAGUGAAGCUGCUCUUGGCUACUAUGCUGCACACAGAUGGAACCAGCUCGCCAAUUAGCUCAAACGAACUUUAUCCAAAAGUCAAAGUUCUUUGUUUUCUGGUACCUUUGUUGGAGAUGCUGUACCAUGUGAACUCAAUUUUUUCGAUUGGUUUUUGUGUCUCUGCGUCAGCAUUUAAACGAAAGAAGUUGAAAAAAACAGCCUCAUUAUAUUUGCAUGUGUCUCCUGAUUGGAUAUGAUAUUUGGUUAAAAACACUGCAUGUUUCUUCACUUAAUCAAAUAAAGCAUGCAGAUAAAUAUUUUUCAUGUCUAUGUCUUGCUCAAAUAAAGUUGUGCUCACUAAACUGAUUAUAAGGACCUUUUUUAAAUAGCAUAGAUUCCUUUAUACUUUUGCUUUACAAAUGAAAUUAAGACAUUUGACGUAAAAAUUGAUUGAAUGAAAAUAGAUAAAUUCAUCAGUCUCCAAUGCUGCAAGUUUGCCCACUUAAAAAGAUGUGAGGGCUCAGAUACAAUUCAGCUGAGAGUGACAGAA